UGGCGUAUGACGCAGACAAUAGAGGGGUCAUUGCGCCAGAUCAUGGCUGAGUGUCCUACCUUAACGUCAGCGGAACGUACUCCAACCGUGCGGCGAAAACACAAUUGCCCUACUGCUGAUUCGACCGCGAAACUCUUAACAUGGAAACGUAUGCGAUCAGAACGUGGAGUCAAGUUUCAGCUUGCGUUAAACGCGAUUGAAACCGGGACAAUAACAACAAGCCAUCUUGCUCGCAAUAUCUGGCCUGGUAUUGCGACCGCCGAAAGCCGGAUCUCGAAACGCACGCUGGAGUUACCAAAUUAUCGCGCCAUAUCCAGAGUUGACAAACGUCGUCAAGCAGUACCCAAACCCCAAGUAGCUAUAUUGGUCUCAAAGGAUAUAGAAGAAUCCAGUAAUGCAGCCAAGCGGUUCCCGGUAAUGUCAAACAGUACUGGAAAUCCAUUGAUGAUGCCGUGGAUCUUGAGGUCCAAAUUUUUGGAAGCAGCUCGAACGAUGCUAAGGGAUGUCGCAGCUCCAGAGCCGAUUACAAAGCAGAGAUCUUGUGACUACAACCGUUAUCUUGCCUUUACCGUGUCGCCUGAGCAUUAUUCCACCUUCGAGCCCAUCGGCGAAAACGAACGCUCUAGAUUGAAGAAGUUGAAGACGGAGCUCCAGGCCUUGAUCGUUAAAGUGGGCAGCGGGUACAAGAAAUACCGUGGGUGUUUAGAGACACUGCGAAACAAUUUUCACGCAAGGGGAGGCCAGGACUCCGCUCUCACGUACACCUCUCUCAGUCUACAAGCCAUAUCACGUAAUUUCAGAACAAUGAAGGAUCCUGUCGAUGGAAUUCUGAGAAUUUGCUCAGAGGCUUUGCGAGAAGACUUUUCCCGUGACCACCCGGAGAAACCCAACGAAUGUCGACAGCGUUUGCAUCGGCGGACCGUGUCCCCUCGGAGACCCGCCCAGCGUGGCCAGCUUCCUGAGCGCGCCGUAGCCAUUCUUCGUCGUUGGAUGUUUGAGCAUUUCCUGAACCCGUACCCUGCUCUUGAAGAAAAGUGUUUUUUAGCAAGAAAGACUGGUUUGACGAGGCAAAAAGUUUCCAACUGGUUCAUUAAUGCGCGGGUUCGACUUUGGAAGCCCAUGGUAGAAGAACUUUAUGAGGACGAGUUUGCACCGCGGUCAGAAACAGACGAAACUGACGGACCUGUUGAACAGCAGAGCGACACUCGUUGUGGACAGCGUUCUUAACCGUGACCACUGUGGCGACAAUGAGUCGACCCGAGGGGCAGGGUUGGAGCUAGGAGCUUGCUGCCUCAACACUGAACAGAAACCGUCCUCCUCGGAGCCAGACGGUUCCAGAGAUCUCGACGACAGAGCCUUAGCUGUUCCGGGGUUAUUGUUGUCGUUGUUGUCGUUGAUUGAGAUCCAGCGACCUUGAGAGAAGUGUGAAACUGCUUCCAUAAACGAUGGAUCCUGUCUUCUGUCAUUCCAGCCGUGUCUUAUAUGCACUAAGUUAAAUGAAUAAAAUGCCUUGCUAUGUGAGCAUAAACCAGCCAAGCGAGAUUUGUCAA